AAAAUCAAUUUAUUACUAUUUCUUUUUCCACUUUUUUCAAAAAUUCUACCCAUUCUUGUUUAGUUGUUUAUUUGCAAAUUGCUGAGAAUUAUAGUCCCAAUGGCAGUGCGAGCAAUAUUUCUUCUUCAGUUCUUCUUAUCCACUAUUUUUUCUGGGAAAGUUGAUGGUUACACUGUUACUGGACGAGUAAGAAUUCCUGGCUUUAGUUUGAAAGGAUCUGGUUACUCAGCUAAAGCUUCAAAUGUUAAAGUCAUACUCAAUGGUGGCCAAAUAGUUACAUUCCUGAGACCCAAUGGAUAUUUUUCAUUCCAUAAUGUGUCGGCAGGGACACAUCUUAUUGAGGUGACUGCAAUUGGCUACUUCUUUUCUCCGGUUCGAGUUGAUGUCAGUGCCAGGAACCCAGGUAUGGUUCAAGCAGCUUUAACCGAGAACAGGAGGAGUCUGAUUGAACUGGUUUUGGAGCCGUUGAGCGAGGAGCAGUAUUACGAGUUAAAGGAACCCGUCACCAUUAUGUCUCUAGUGAAAAGUCCGAUUGGCAUGAUGUUCGGGUUUAUGCUGUUUGUAAUGUUUGUGAUGCCAAAAUUAGCAGAAAAUGUUGAUCCUGAAGAAAUAAAACGAACACAAGAGGAAAUCAUGAGAGGCCAAGGCAGUCUUUCAAGCUUAUUGCCUGGGGCUCAAAGCAGCAACUAGAGAUUGGAUUUCACCUCUGUUAUAAAGGCAAAUUCUCCGUGGCCAUUCUAUAGAAAAGCUGAAUUCUUUCGUUAGCUCAGUUCCAGUGAUCUAUCUCAAGCUUUUCUGAAGUCUAUGAGUACCAUCACUUAUUCAUUUUAUCCUUGCAAAGAUCCUACAUUUCCUUUUGGUUAAAGUUGUAGGAGUCUGUUAUCAAUUUUAUGCAUCGAUCGAUUAUGAUCCUAAGAAUUCUUUAAUAUUGAAAUGCUUGUAUUCCAACUCUAAUAUUAUUCUGCUACCAAGAAUUAGUGUCCCCAGUAUUUUGGAUCACUGUA